GCAUGGAAUUUAUUUGCAACAGAGAAAAGGGUGGAAUUGAAAAUGCAAUCACUAAAGGAAGCCGCAACGAAUGUCGCCGACGCCGCCAAGUCCACCGUCGGAGAACAGGAUAAGCCCGGCGAGGCGGGCGGAGGGUCGUACUCGUACUCAGCCUCAACCGGUGAGGCCGGGCAGUCGACUGCGGGGCACCAGAUGUCGGCAUUGCCCGGACAUGGCACCCGAGAGCCCACCGGGCAGGUGGUGGAGGGAACGGUCAAGUCUCACCCAAUUGGGAAGGCCACAGGUGGCGCGGGGCGGCCGACCACCGCUCACAACACGCAUGCCGGUGGUGACACCGGCAUGGGAUAUGGCACCGGCGGUGGUUAUAGCGGCUAGACAUAGUCCGAGACUCCGACUAGAUCCAAUUCCAAAUCCGUACUUGUAUUCAUACUGAUUUUUUAGUAUGAAAUGAAACGUGGCUUUUAUAUUUGUAGGUUGACUUUGAUUUCUACAUAUUACGGAUAAUCGAUUUCUUUUUUAGUUAGAAGAACUAGAAUUCUUUGUAGAAUAGCAUGUUCCUUUAUUGUAGAUUUAUUAGCACCUUCGAAUAUAUACUUUAUUUGUGUGUAAA